UCGGCAAAAAUGACUCGCGCGAUCAUCGCUUAUUUGCGCAUCAGCUGUCCAUAUAUACGAGAGAAAAAUAAGUCGAUCGGUAAUGGACCAGAAGAAAAGUUUAAAUUAAAUUUCCACUAACAAUCAGUGCAUUUAGAGACUGACUCGCUGGAUAAACCAAAGUACAAAGAAAAGCCGUUAAUACGAUUGUUUUUGUAGUAGGUAUAAAGUAGGAAGUUUUUGUUUGCGUGGGAGUGAAGGAAAUCAGCGAUUGUAAAGAGUGAUUUGCGUUUGAAUAUCGGCUUAGCGAUGUUGGAAGGUUGGUUUAACUUGUUCCUAUCGGUUUUCGUAAUAUUGGGGGGAGUGUGGCUCGCUGCUCGAUUUAUUCUGCGGGAGGAUGUGGUCUACAUUCCGGACGGGCGCAGAAGGCACGCAUGGAAAUCGAUAAAGUUGCUUAAUCGAGGGUGCUUCUGUUCGAUAUGUGAAACCUUGAUGUCCUCGAAUGGAGUGUUUUGCGAAAAUUGUGGCGUCUGUUCGGAUAACGGGUGCGUCCGGAAGGCGGAUGUCGAGUUCCGCUGCAAGGAACUGCGGAUAAGGACUCGGGCAGAUGAUGGCCGUGAGAGUCGUCACUUGUGGGUUAAAGGUAAUCUACCCCUGGGCUCGGAGUGCUGUGUUUGUUCCGAAGAUGUGGAUCAAUCGAGCGAACUAGGCCUAUUUGGGCAACGAUGUGCCUGGUGUCAGAGGUCGGCUCAUGAUAAAUGUUUCAGCGAGGUAUCCGGUUCGUUGUGUGACUUCGGUGAAUUUAGGAGCAUGAUAUUUCCACCCAAAUGUAUUCUGGCUUCAAGGUCCAAGGGUGCCCCGAAGGUGCAUCUUACCGGGAUUAUUCCACCAGAAUGGAAGGAUCAGUGGAAUCCGCUGAUAGUUGUAGCCAACUCAAAGUCCGGAAGCAGUGGUGCGGCCGAAGUGAUCGCUCAAAUGCGAGGUAUCUUGCACCCAUUGCAAGUGUUCGAGCUGGAAAGCCAUGGACCUCAGGAAGCGCUUCAGUGGGCCAUCCACGCGGCUCCGGCUACGUGUCGUAUUCUUGUUGCCGGUGGAGAUGGAACCGUAGGCUGGGUGCUGAAUACUAUCCUUCAGAUGAAAGUGGAACCACAGCCAGAGGUGGCCAUUCUUCCACUGGGAACGGGAAACGAUCUGUCGCGGGUCCUAGGCUGGGGUGCCGAGGGGCCAGACGUAUUUAACCCGAUAGAUUAUUUGCGCAAAAUCAGGGCGGCAGAACCGAUUAAGCUGGAUCGAUGGUUGAUCGAGAUAGGCGUUCACCACCAAAGUCGGUUCCCGGUACCGCGGUUCCACUUUCGACGCAGCGUUUUUAUGUACAACUACUUCAGCAUUGGUGUCGAUGCUUUGGUAACUUUGAAUUUUCACAAAGCGAGAGAAAGCUCACUUUAUUUGUUCAGUAGCCGGUUUAUCAAUAAGGCUUUGUACUUGUGUUUUGGGACCCAUCAAGUCGUUCAACAGGAUUGUGUCGACUUAGAAAAGAAGGUUGAACUAUACAUGGAUGAUGUCAAAAUUAACUUGCCAGAACUGCAGUCCAUUGUGGUACUCAACAUCGAUUCUUGGGGCGCUGGCGUUAAGCUGUGGGAAAUGAGCAAAGAUUCGCCCAGCCAUGGAAGCGUGAUGCGUGAGAUGCACAGCAUAUCGGAUGGGGUCCUGGAGGUGUUCGGUGUCGUUUCGUCAUUCCACAUUGCACAGCUGCAGGUUGGCUUGAGCAAACCAGUUCGCCUAGGUCAGGCACGUAAUGUGCGCUUCAAGAUUUUCUCCACCCUACCGGUUCAGGCUGACGGGGAACCCUGGAUGCAGACACCUUGUGAUAUGAGUAUCGGUCACUCGGGGCAGGCAACCAUGCUCAGGAAAGUUACGGGUUGAUGACGCGCAUGCUCGCAUUUGUUAUCGCAUUAGACUUUCUGCCAAUCUCUACAAACAACCUACGUAUGUAUGUACUACGCGUUUCAACAAACAACAACUUACGGAUUCUGGAAUGCUGUGAUUCUCCCGCUAUUUAUUAAGUCUCACCGAAAUGAAACGAAAUAAUUCUCGUGCAAGAUCUGCAUUAUACCAAAUGGAUAUAAUAUUUAGGAUCUGUUAAUGAUAUUAAGUUAGGAAAAGGACUCUCGAAACGUUGUUGAAAUCAACUUAAAAACUACUUAACCAAUUUUUGAAAUAAAUGUAGGUAAUCAAUUUUUUCUCGUAAUGUUAGGUAUAAAAAAGCAAUUUAUUGGACGUCACAAGUUUUGUUGGCUGAAGGGUGAUCCAAUGCCAAUUGAGAACCAAACAAAAUUGCGAAAUCUGGAAGGGGUAGUCUCUAAAUGAUAGAUUUGAAAUUGCAUUUGGACGUUUAGAAUUCAUGCUCCUUGUAACCUGAUUUGGAAAAGCAUGGAAAUUUCACAUAUUUAUUAAAAAGCAAUCAACUGGUCGUUAGGUGAUAAACUUUUCCAAGUUAGGUUUUACAAGCAUGUGAUUUCAGAAACCGCAGUUACGCAAUCUUAGUCGUCUAAUUAUAUCCUAAGUUUAAGCUGUGCACGAUUGAUUUAGUUUUUCUCACCAAAAGAUAAGCAUCACAAAAAAUUGGUUCAAUAAGAUUUGGUUCUAAGCCCUUCUAAUCGCUACCAGUGAAUCUACCGGGAAUAAUAAAUGUGAUCCUAUCUAAUCAUUCUGUUCUUGUACUUAAUAAGGUCAACUACACGCUAAGCACUUAAUACCACUCGCAUGAUGAAAUUAUAUAAAAUUUAAUAUUGAACAAAAGUCUACGAAUGAUAUUUUUUACAUGAAUAUUAAUGUGUUUGCAUUUCUCUAUGUAUCAAACGUCCUGCAUUAAGCAUCAAAAUCUUGAAAAUAAAAAUGAAAAGU